CAGAGGGGAAGGUAUACCUGCAGUGCUGUCAACACAGAGGGUGAGGGAGAAAGCAAUUCCGUUCACCUCAGAGUACAGUACGCGCCCGUCUGUAAGCAAGGCCAAAAGAUUCUGUACGGAGCGGCCAGACAUGAAUCCGUCAAAAUAUAUUGCGAGGUGGAGGCGGACCCGCCAGAUGUCAAUUUCAGGUGGGGUUUCAACUCGUCGGGCGAUCAAAUGGAGAUCAUGAACCACGUGACCGAGGGGUCGACGAGUGUGGCCACGUAUAUGCCUCGCACUGAGUUUGAUUACGGGGCCCUGUUUUGUUGGGCGCGCAACGCCGUGGGCACCCAACUAGAGCCGUGCACUUACACUAUAAUACCCGCGGGUCCGCCCGACUCCGUCAAGAACUGUACGGUA